GAGUGUUUAAAGUCCACCUAAGAGGGGUGUAUACAGGCCAUGCAAAACUUCAAAACAGCUCAUUUAUACCCCCCUCCUCAGUCUCUGACUGCACUUCCUUACAUUUGAUGCGACUUCCCUUGUGUCUGGAUUUGCUUGGCCCACCUUCAGGAUGAAGCUGAUCAGCAGUGCACUGAUUCUGUAUAUGUCUCUGGCCAUGGGGAAAAGCACGGAAGAAACAACCCAAAACAGCGCAGGCCAUCCAUCGGUACUGCCCGAGGAAGUCUCCUUUUCAGACUGGGGUAUUGGGACCAUCCGGGACGGCUUUGAGGCCGUGAAUAAUUAUUUAGACUUUGUCUCUGAGCUGCUAGGGGGGAAGAACGGAGUCUGUCAAUACCGGUGCAGAUAUGGGAAAGCACCAAUGCCUAGACCAAAUUACAAGUCUCCAGAACCCAAUGGCUGCAGCUCCUAUUUCCUGGGUCUCAAGGUACCCGAAAGUCUGGAUAUGGGUAUCCCAGCCAUGACUAAGUGUUGCAACCAGCUGGAUAUAUGUUAUGAUACCUGCGGUGCCAACAAAUACCGCUGCGAUGCCAAGUUUCGCUGGUGUUUGCAGUCGAUCUGCUCCGACCUUAAACGCAGCCUUGGCUUUGUCUCCAAGGUGGAAGCAUGUGAAACAAUAGCUGACACUGUUUUUAGAACCGUCAGGACUCUGGGCUGCCGCCCCUUUAUGAACAGCCAAAGAAGCGCCUGCAUAUGCAAUGAGGAAGAACGAGACGAAUUGUGAGGCAAGCAUCAAGCUGCCUGACAGUGACAGCGCUGGUUUCAUGGGUCCCUUGCUUAGAAGAGGCACCGUCUUCUGCUUCCUAAACAGGUGCGAUUCUUUUUGAUGACAGCAGAGUUAAGUUAGGGAAGCAGUUUAUUGCAAACACCACAAAUGCCUUAAUUGCAGCUUGAAAAGCGGAACUGAUUGAGAAAGGAAUGCGCAGUAGGAGGCUGCCUUGGCCUGACACCCUUGUCGGGUCCAUCAGACAACUUCUAUUGCCUUCCCAGAGCAUCUGUUUGGCUGAAUGACAAACCUCAAUGAAGUUUGACUGUGUUGUUAUGUGUGAGCCUUCCAGACGUAACAAAGAAUACAGAGAAUAUGUGGUGCGAUAUUGGCUAUAGUACAUUUCCGCAGCAAAUACGGGCACAGCAGACCUGCCUUAACUUAUCACCAGACAUUUAAUGCUGCCACAGCUUUUGGUAUAGAGCCAUUCAGAGUUAUGUAAACUGUACCCUAUUGGAAAAAUAUAUGCAGGGAUGCACCAACAGUCCUGGACAACAGACUACUCAACAGCAUACAGAGGGUAGAGACACACUUACUGUUCAGCCAGUUCCAGUGCGUCUCCACCUCUCUCUUCUGAAAACGGGGGCACACGAUACUAGUCAAACCCUGCCCCUUUUCCCUGUAAAACCUGGUGGGAGCAGCUUGAGUGCAUUUUUUUAAAAAUCAGCUUCAAAGAGAUUUUGCAACUGAUCGGCAGAUCAACCCAUUCCCUGUCCAGGUGUGGCUAAUGGAAACGUUUUGCUGUAGGCGACUAGUGUGCUCACAGACAGAAUGGUUGAUUCUGGGGAUUCACCCGAGGACAAUGAAGGAAAGAAUGGCAAGAGCACACUCUGUUAGGUUUGAAAUUGCCGUCAAUUUUAUUUCCAUUAAGCACUGUUCCACUUAAAGAGAAACAACAUAUGUAUUGCCUCAUAACGAGAAAGAAAGGAACAUCGGCUAUUUUGAGAAUAUGAAAAGUUUAUCAUGCAGGCAGUUGUAAAGCUAACUUUUAUUAAAUAACAUCUAUACUUCAAAAUAA